AUGGAAAACGACAACCACCUCACAUCCCUCACCCUAACCCGCUACCUCCCCCGUCUCUCCUCCCAGAUCCCCCACCCAGAAGAACCCUCCAACAUCCCCUUCGACCAAACCAAACUCGUCCAACCCAACCCCAAAAAGAUUCACGGUAAAAACACCAUCCGCGUAGGCCUCCCGGGCCGCAACAGGCAGGAUCUCUACCGCAUCCAAAGCCACAUCUCCGACUACGAAGACGUCUUCUUCGACCGCUCCUGGAACUUCCCCAAGCUCAAGACCAACGCGCAGCGACUCAAAAAGGCAAAUCAACCUUACGCUUACAGAAAAGCCUUGAACAUGAGAAGUGGGUUGCUGAUCAGGCCGCACUACAUUCCUGUUUUGGAGAAAAUGUUCAAGACGAGGUGUAGCUCGCUGUAUUGCUGUGAUUACUGCGAGAAAAUGAAGAGGGACUUCUUUGAGGAGGGAAAGAAGGAAUGGACGAGGAAUAACUUGAUUGAGGGGCGGGAAAUUGCCGCGGACAAAAGCUGGAGGUUGCCGUUUGAGGAUGAGAGGGAUGGGAGGUUGGUUUUUGGGAAGCUGUGGAGGCAACUGGUGGAGGAGGUGGAAGCUGGGCAGAGUCUGGCUGUUGAAGGGUCUGUUGGGGAUUGUGAAGCGGUGCAGAGGGUUGGGUUUGGGUUUGAGGAUGUUGAGAGGGGGGAAGGGCAGUGGGAAUAUCAGAUCAAGGUCAAGCCACGGAAGCGAGGUCGUGGAAAAGGGAGGAGCAGCCAGGGUGGGACGAGAGACACUUCCCCUACAACAAGUGAAGAGUGGGCUGAGGGUGAGGAUCUCGGAAACAGCUGGGCUCUGGUGAGAGUGGCAGUCGAGACCGAGACCGGGAGCAGGAACAGCGACAGUGACAGCUAUGCCCUCCUCACACCAACAUCGGAGAGUGUGUCGGAUCAGUGGGAGAUGCUCAGCCAAGGGGCUUGA